UGAACCAUCCAUCAAUUAUGGGACAUGCUAUAUAAUCAAGUUAACGUUUCCGAAUUCUUCAAUCCUCAUCAUCUUGAUUCUUCAUCAAAAAUGAAAAUCAUUUCUUUAAACACAAAAACCUUACUAAUCCACAUUUUAAUACUCUUCUUAACAUGUUUCAUUCAUGUAGUGAGCAAAAACUGUGGAUGCCCUUCACCACAACCACCUCCAUUGCCACAAAUUUUAAAUUUAACAUUCUUAGACCAAAGACUUGCCAUAGUAUAUCCUAUAAUUCAAACUUUCAAGAACCUCAUCACUUCAGAUCCUCUUAACAUCACCCAAUCUUGGGUUGGUUCUGACAUUUGUAGUUACAAAGGUUUUUUCUGUGAUCAUCCACCUGAUAAUCUCUCUGCUAUUGCUCUUGCUGCCAUUGAUUUCAAUGGAUUUCAGCUUUCUGCCCCUAGUCUUGAUGGCUUCAUUGAUCAAUUUCCUGAUCUUGCUCUCUUCCAUGCAAACUCCAACAAUUUUUCGGGUACUAUUUCACCGAAAAUCGGAAAUCUUCAAUUUCUUUACGAAUUAGACUUGAGCAACAAUAAUUUCUUCGGAAAUUUUCCUAUAUCGGUUCUUAGUAUUACCGGACUAUCUUUUCUAGAUAUCCGAUUCAAUUCUUUUACAGGGUCCGUUCCCCCUCAGGUAUUUUCACAAUCUUUUGACAUGCUAUUUCUUAACAACAACAAUUUCAUCCUGAAAAUACCUGAAAACCUUGGAUCAACUCCGGCUCUUUAUCUUACUCUAGCGAAUAACAAGUUUACCGGACAAAUUCCGAGAAGCAUAUUCAAUACAACUUCAACAUUGAAAGAAAUUUUACUCCUGAACAAUUUCCUGACAGGUUGCCUACCUUAUGAAAUAGGGUUCCUGAAAGAAUUAGUACUCUUUGAUGCUAGUAACAACUUGUUUACAGGCCCUUUACCUUGGUCGUUCGGAUGUUUAGCCAAAAUGGAAGUGCUGAACCUCGCCGGGAACUUGCUGUACGGUCAGGUACCCGAGAUGCUAUGCGAAUUAGGGAACUUGGCGAAUCUAUCGCUUUCAGAGAAUUAUUUUUCUAAAUUGGGGCCGUCGUGUAGGAAACUUGUGAGAAAUGGAGUUCUUGAUGUUAGAAAAAAUUGUAUUCAUGAUCUUCCUGAUCAGAGAUCAUGGCAUGAGUGUUUUGCUUUUUUCUUGCGUCCCAAGUUUCGUUGUUCUUACAACCCUACAUUCUUCGGUUUCUUGCCUUGCAAGGCUCAUUCGUCGCCGCAUGUUCAUCAGUUGGAACCGAAGAGAAAUUUGAUUAGUUAUAAAGCUCUUUUGAGACAUAGGUUGUGAUGAUUUGAUGUAUUGGUUUGGUGAACCAGACGACAUUUUCAUACUUGUAAGUUGUAACUGCUCUGUUGGUCCUAAAUGUUCAGCUUUUGUGUUAGAAUAUAGUACACCUGACCUGGGUUUGGGUACCUGUAAUCCGCUCAGAUCUGUAAAUUGGGCUUAGAUUGUUUUAUGUUGUCUCAAAUAGGCCCGAGCCCGUAAAUAAAUAUACAAUUUCAUAUGACUUAA